GGUGUCCGUUAUUGAAAUUUGUUUGUUUUGGUGGUGAAGGAAACAGCCACGUCACUCCCUCCCAUCUACCCUUUCUUUCUUUCAAACUUUUUCUCUUGACGAGUUAUGAAGAAUGAUCACAUACAUGCUUUCAACGAUACACAAACCAAGUACUAAUGCGAGUGAAGUUCUGAGAUAAAACGCAAAAAACAAUGAGAAGAUUCUGGAACUUUCUCGCCAAUAACAAUAACUCUAACAACCUCAUCCAAUUAGCAUUUUCGAUCCCAACCUCCAACAACUUCCGCGCCACUGCGUUUCGUUCUUACUGCGAUCCAUCACGCAUCCGCCACCAAAACCGUCCAGGACCGCUUGUGCAGUACAAAAAUCUUGUUGAUCAAGGGAAGUUGCAACACGAUCCUUACCAAGAAAGUGUUGCUACAGAGCUUGAGAAAUUGUUAGCAAGGUUGGAGAAAUAUGAGAGAGAAAUGGAAGAGUAUCAUGUUAAUCUAUCUAAUUGGGAGAAGAAUAGGGAGAAUGAGCGGCGAAGGAUUCUCACGGAGGAAGUUGAGAAGCAGCAGACGGAUGAGGAUUGGUGGAAACGGUUGAACAAUAAAAUUACUGAAAGAUGGACCUCCAGGAAAAGACCAGAGAAUGUGGAGCAAGGGGUAGGAAAAUGGGUGUCAUAUCUUAAACGUGAGAAGAAGCUGGAUUCACUAGUUGGUCGUCGUCCAACUGCUCCUCCAGCUCCUAAAGGACUUUACAUAUAUGGCAGUGUGGGGAGUGGGAAGACAAUGCUGAUGGACAUGUUUUAUAGUGCCACUGAAGGAAUAGUUAAACAUCGAAGAAGGUAUCACUUUCAUGAGGCCAUGCUUAGAAUAAAUGAACACAUGCAUAAGAUAUGGAAGAAACAAAUGGAAGAGAAGCCUUUGCAGUCGAGCAUUGCUGGUUGGAUUAUGAAUCUUCCCUUUGACACUAAAGCUAAGGAAUGGCUGGCUGCAGAAGAAAGAUACAAGCAAGAGGUACAGAUGAAAAACAUUCUUCCAGCUGUAGCAGAUAAGUUUUUUCUGGAACGAGAAGGGGACGAAAAGGGAGCUAGCAUUUUGUGCUUUGAUGAGAUACAGACUGUUGAUGUAUUUGCUAUUGUGGCUUUAUCUGGAAUUCUAAGCAGAUUGCUGAGUAGUGGAACUAUCAUUGUGGGUACAAGUAAUCGAGCACCAAAGGACUUGAAUGAGGCUGGUAUGCAACGAGAAAUCUUCCAAAAACUUGUCUCCAAAUUGGAAGAACAUUGUGAGAAGGUUUUGAUAGGCAGUGAAAUUGACUACCGUCGUUAUAUAGCACAAAGAUCAGUAAACCGGGUACACUAUUUAUGGCCUAUUGAAAGGGAAACCAUAGAUGAAUUUGAGAAAAAGUGGCACAAUGUAACAGACACAUUUGGAGGAAACAUAAUCUCCAACACCAUCUCAGUUAUGUUUGGAAGGACACUUGAGGUUCCUGAAAGCUGCGAUGGAGUUGCCCGCUUUACAUUUGACUAUCUCUGUGGUCGCCCAUUGGGUGCAGCAGAUUAUAUUGCAGUAGCUGAAAACUAUCACACUGUUUUCAUAUCUGAUAUUCCAGUGAUGAGUAUGCGAAUUCGUGACAAGGCCCGGAGAUUUAUCACUCUUAUUGACGAGUUAUACAAUCAUCAUUCUUGCCUAUGUUGUUUGGCAUCCUCUUCAAUUGAUGAAUUAUUUCAAGGAACUGAGGAGGGCACACUUUUUGACUUGGAGAGCUUCCAGUUUGAAACAGAGGCUGAAGGCGGGAGACUUCGCCGUGAUGUCUUAGCAGAAGGCAGUGUGGGCUCAGGAGGUACCCCUGUUGGAAUCACAUCCAUACUAUCUGGUCAAGAAGAGAUGUUUGCUUUUCAAAGAGCUGUCUCACGCCUGAUUGAAAUGCAAACUCCAUUAUACUUGGACAGAGUCAGUAAUUUCCACCCUUAUUUUCAGAGGCAGCAUAAAAAAUUUCGAAAAGAUUGUGACAGCUUACUUUCCGAGUCAUCGUCAAUUUGAAAGUAAGUUUUUUUAUUCCGCUACAAAAACCAUUUCUAACGCCAAAUUGACUGUAUACUUUAUGUAGUUAUUCGGGCAAUAAUUUUCUUAUUAUCAGCAAUAAGCGCACAGCUAUCCUAAAUAACGCAGCAAUAGCAACAAGUGAUCAAGUUAGUGAUAUUAGUAUUGACUACUGAUUGUUUAUUACUCACAGCUAUCCUAAAUAACGCAGCAAUGCAUGAUAAAUUGUACUUCUGAAUAAGUUCUUGAUUAAUAAAUGCUGAAAGAUUCAAUCUUA